GGAAUCACUUUGUCCGGUCUACGGACGAAGAGGUCCUGUCGACGCUUGUCUAUAGCACUGUGUAACCGGGAGAACUACUUGUUACUCACUCAUCAGCCAUGCAAAGGCUCAGAGAAGAAAGAAGUGUUACAAAGGCCUCUGUCGUAAUUACUUCUGGCGAAUCCAACAACGAACUGUCAUCCGAUGAUGACCGCGGGCACGAUCACUGGAUGGAAUCGACUGUCGAGGAUUUGUACGACGACACUGCAGAUCAAAACGACGAAAGGUAUGUCCGCAAAAACCUGAGAUCUGGUAUCACGGAAUUCGUAUCGUCCUUUGACGACAACGAGACUGCAGACAACCGACAGUCACAUCCUGCUUCACGACUGAAAGAUCUGAAACCGAGAAAUUCAGAUGCAGUUUUGUCUUGUCCAUGUUGUUUUAAUAUUGUCUGUCUAGAUUGUCAGCAGCACGAGCGCUUUGCUGAUCAGUUUCGUGCCAUGUUUGUCCUGAAUGUUGUUGUGCAAUGGGAAAGCAAGCUUUUCUAUGACGAACAGCACAAGUGCCUUCGCUCACUAGAUGAUAUACCGACUUCUGCAAUGAUCGAACACCAAAUUUUUCCUAUGAGCCCCGACAAGAGUUGCUGCUAUUUCAGCGUUUGCUGUGCAAUUUGUCAGACCCAAGUUGCCGUCAUUGAUAUGUCAGACGAAGUGUAUCACUUUUUUGGAUGCCUGGCCUCAGCUUAG